AUGCACUUUUUAGCAUCAUGCCUGCUAGUUGCUACACGAGCAGAUGCAUCAGCAGUAACAACAAUUGAUGCAGAAGAAGAUAUUGUUAGCAUAGAAACAUUCGCCUCCGCUUUACCGUCCGCCUUAGAAAAGUACGAUGUUUUAGGUGCAACUUCUUUAGCAGCGGUUGCAGCUGCUGACGUUGCGGCUGCUGCUCUUAACUCAGUCAAAGCAACAGCAACAGCAACGCCAACAUCGCUAGUAGAGUCUGAUACAAUAUCAUCGUCAUCAUCACCAACUUCAGCAUCAAUGGGUCGCAGUCACGGUGAUAACAAACAUCGCAAUGAUUUCAUUUCCAACAGCGCAAACUUAUUGUUGCAGGACAUACAGCAACAUGCAGACGGGCUCGUUGUCAAUCUAACCAGACAUCAUGAUGGUGAUAUUUUUCAUACAAAUGGCGUUUCUCGUUGCAUCUCUGAUACCUGUGUUGGUUUAUCCAGUGGUACAGCAGGACUCCAUAAUUUAGGAGGUGACAAAAAAGGUAAAUUGGAUAAUUUACUCUCAGAAGUACACGCUUCGCUUGCUGGCGGCAACAAUGGUCAAUCGGAGCUGUUGACUAAACGCAUUAAAACAAAAACAACGAGUAAUACCAAUGAUGCAGAAAGUUGCCAGUGCCGUUGCUUGCCAUACUUGAGCACAUAUCGUGAAGACUUGAGGAUUUGUGUUGACGACAUACACGAGUGCAGCUUGUCGCCGUUCGUUAGCGGCUCGUCGUCAGAGAAAAUACCGUUCGUGUUUCUGCCUUUGCGUGGACAAAUCAUCUAUCCAAGCAGAGAAAUAAGUUUUCCCGAUAUUCGCACGCCUGUAUGUGCCGUUACCGGAGCUCAGUACCUGACAACAAAUGGUUGGUCUGAUUUGCGUAAUCCAAUUGACACAGAUUAUCCGUUUCGCAUGUUCCGAGACGAAGGACGGACAUUCUUACAGUGGUUAGGCGAGGCAGACUUGCGUCAUAAAAUGCAAGGACGACUGAUUGUAGUGCACUUAGUAUGUCGAGAUAUGACAAUUGCAUUAAAUGGCACAAUCAAAAAAGAAUACCUGAAACCACCCAAAAAUAUAUUCUCACCAUGCGUCGCCUUUCGUGUGAACGGUAGCCCAGUCAAAUACUUUCACAAUGUCUCUGAAGUGCUUUUCCAAGCGGAGGCAACUACAACACUUGCUUCUACAUCAGAUGGCAUGACUAGUAAGGAGUACAUUGUCAUUGGUAUUUGCAGCCUGCUGCUAGGUUUGAUUUAUGUUUCCUCUGUGUUCUUGUAUUUGCACAUGAAAAAACGUAAGCAACGCGAUCAGCUGCACAUGCGAAGAUCCCUAGACGAUCUGGCAAACGAGAUCAACUAUCCAAAGAAUGACCAGGUCACAUUUGGUACACCGUUCAACCGAAGCGGUAGCAUGUAUUCAAUUGCUAGUUUAAGCAACUCGAAUGAGCCACGUUCGCGUGGAAGUAUUGGCAGUCUUAAAGAAGAAAUUGGCAUCAUUAAGAACAAUCCACUACUGCAGCAUUUUCCGCAAUUAGGCGAACAUAAUUCAGGCUUUACAAGUGAUGUGUCAAACUCGAACUCUGAGUGUGAAAUGGAUGGUAGUUUUCAUGAUAAAAUUAAACAGUUACAGACAGCAGCUUUGAUACAUCCUCAAUUAAACAGUAAUGGUAAUCUAAAUGGCACAUCAACAACUUCUGGUAUUAACAUAGCUAAUGAAGAUGUCAUAGAGCCAUGUGCCUCACCAACACAAGAUAACGAGUGCUUGCCGGUGGAAAAUGUGUCCAUUAUAGAGGAUAUGAUGACUGAGGAAAAAUUAGAGAAUUUGCGUGCCUUGGUGAAUGGGAAUGUACGACGGAAACUUUACUUUAAUCCCGCCUACUUUGAGCCACAUUUGCUGGCGCAACCACCCCCUGCCGCUGUUGAAUUUCUGCAAAAAAUACGUGAGGUUAUUGCCAUUGCAAAAUACAAAAUGGCUACUAAACGGUAUCAACCCUCACUAAUAAUGAUACCUGAAGAAGUGGCUUUGGCCUCACAGACAUCUUCACUUUACAGCGCACAAAUGCAAACUUCCACUGAAUGUCAAGGUUGUGCUAAUAAUCGUUGCAGUGGUCACGUCAAAAAUUGCGGGGAUAAGCGAAAUAGCAUUGAAAAGUGGCUGCAAAGUGUGCCAACAACAGACAAAUCUAGUUCUGAACAGCGCGUUGACACAUCAACAGCUGCUAUUCAUACAUCGAGGUCUAAUCAAAUAACUGAAGAAAAACAGUUUACAACAAGUAAAAACUCAGCAAAUAACAACAAAACACAAACACCACAAGGUAAUAAUAGGAAUUCUCCACGAAAAGAAAUUACUGCGCCAAAGCAGAAACCACCGCCACCACCUAUCCAUGCCUCCAAUAGAUCUAAACUUCAAUCUCCGAAAACGAAUGUAAUUAAAAUUAUGCAUACUGACUCGGUAACAACACAAAAUUCCUCUUCGACCGAUUUCUUGAACUAUUCCACAAAUUCCGUCAAUAACGCAUCCAUCAGCAUUCCAAUAAAUCGCAACUACGAUGCAUUUUCUGCACUUUCAGCAGCAGCCAAUUUUUAUGGGUUCGCAGAAACUGGAGGCGAACUAUACAAUAAUCCAAAAUUUAACUUACACGAUUCGCCUUCGGCUUCAAUGCGUAGCCGAGGUUCUUCUCACCGUUCAAAGAAUUCGAGAAGGCGCUUAGAAGCACUCGAUCAAUACGCUGUCGCUUCGACGCCAACGUCAUUAACUUCGGCCGACAGACAACAUUACCAAAUGUUGCGAAACAUGAAGCAAAUAGCUGAUUUGGUUUACGAAGAGAAGGACUACAAUAAUACGCUUAAGUCAAAUGAGAGCUUUCAAUUAGAUAUUCCAACACCGGACUAUGACAGCACAAUGGAGAAGAAAACGAAGGAUAUUUAUAAUACACACAGUACAGUCCCAUCAGUGCCAACACCUGACUACAGCACUCUUAGUCGUAAGUCGCUCAAGAAUGGUCAACCUGAUUCUCCCAUCUAUAGGCGAAAGUCUCCACAAUAUUUAAUAGUGGAUUAUGAAACUGAUAGCUUAGAACGUUUGGAGGUGACGAAACGCAAAAGUUCACAAUCCUCUUCAUCUCCGUCAUCUGACAUAAGUUCUCAGCUAAGUCCUAGCUUAAGUACAGCAUUACCACUUGAAGAAGAGUUAGAAAUAAGCCACACUGUUAAACUGGAUGGAUUUCGCAAGGAUAGCGAGUUAAAAAAGAAGCAUGGCAACAAAACUGAGAGCGGCACAAAAAAGCAAAAGGAAAUCGCUGCACGUAUUAAAUAUGACACACCUUUUCGUGGUAGCAUGACAAUUGAAGUCGAGCACGAACCAAACACAGAUAUUGAACAAUCCACAGAUAGUGAGCAAUUUGAUCCAGAUACAUUAGAUCGCAACACGAGAAAACAAAGUUUCUGCGAUGUCAACUCAUGGUCUGGACAGCCCAAUGCAUCAUAUACCAACCACAAAUCAAAUGAAACUGAAAAACACAAACACAUAAAUAUUUCAUCCUCUACUAAUAAAGAUCUAAUGCGUAAAAGAAGUAAUUCCUUCGAAGAAAACUCUGAAGGAAAUUCUGCAUAUGAAACUCGCAUAAAACGGAACUCACAACUAAUGUCAAACGAAGACAAUUUUGAAACAAAGCGUCCAUCUGUAGGAUCUUUAAGAGAUUUUUAUCAGUCCCAAUUGGUUCGUCAGAAUAGUCAGAAUAGCUGCAAAUGUGGUGGCCAAGCACGACAACUGGUACAACAACAAACAGAAGCACCUACAGAAAAUGGACGUUUGUUAACUUUAGAAGCAAAACAUUCAAGAAGACAACGACUUAUUGAGCCACCCACCUCACAACCGCAACCGAUAGUUGAGAUUACAAAAGUAGCUCCAAAUAAGACAACGAUCAAGAUAUCUACACCGAAAGUAUGUCGUGCCACUCCACCAAUCUUAUCGAACAACGAUACAAUUGCUGAAUCAGUUAAACAGAGUUCGGCGCGAUUCUCUCCUACUCCUAGCAUCAAAAGUACAGCUUCAAAUAUUAUUUACGAUUGGACUAAACAUUCUAUGACUUGGAAUCUCAACAAAACACCCACAGGUACCCAUAACGCAAAUGGAAAAGCUCAGAAAAAAUUAGAUACACGCGCACCUGCUCCAUUACCAAUAACCUCCACUUCUGGUACACUAAAUAGUGAAAAAAGUUAUUCCUCAAGUAGACAGUCAUACCAACACCACUACCAGAAUGAGCAGCAAUUCAAAGCAAAUGCAACAGAGGAAGAAACCAAUAGCACACAUAGUGAAUUUACAGAAGUUACCAGGGUUUCUGAAACAGUAACCAACUCUGAAUUUGAUGAAUCUUGCAGCAAUACUCUUUCCAGUGUCAUACAUAACCAACAAAAAAGCAAAGAUUUUUAUGCUGAACAAAACGAACAGUUCGACAGUUCCAGAACUAGUAUUAUAGAAAAGUCUAAGUGCGGAAAAAAUUUAGACUCGCCCCAACUAUUAAAAAAGCAAAAUAGUGAUUAUGGAGCUUUAUUUAAUACAAAAUUGAAUGGACUGCGUAAUGAUUAUAGUCUAACUAAAUAUUUAAAUAGACGAAAAAACCAUGAACAGAGCGACGAUGAAAAUUUUUGCAAUAAUAACUCUAAUGAGCAAGCAACUGAGUCCAAUAACAAUCAAAAAAACAUCGCCGAAAUGGAUGUGAACAAACUCGAUGUAAUAUCGAUUAGUUCACGUUCAAAUCGCAGCAGUAGUCGACUCUCCGAUCGCACUAAGGAACUAUAUCGCAAUGCAGGUGUACCUGUGGGUAUAGCAUAUCCACAAAGGAGUACUGCUGGAUCUACAAAUUCACAGUCUACAAGCACAGUACAAACAGUCUAUCGAUGCGAGAUUGAACCUGUACAAUUGACGCAUGGCAUGCAAAUCGCUAUGGGUCUGAAAGAUCGGGCCAAGAAAACAAAAGACUUAAAAAACGCUUGGAAAAAGUUUGUUAGCAUGGCUGCAUCGAAAUUUAGUCCAACACAAAGUCCUGCACCACCAUUCGAUAAAAAAACGUCAACGUUCUUGGAGGUACUCGAUCGAGAUGAAGGUAUAUCUUCACUUAUUGACGAUCAACCACAAAUAUCAACACCUAAAAGCAGUUAUUCUGCACCAGCUAGCCAAAAUUAUUAUGAGCAACGUUUUGGUGUGCGAACGCAAGAAAUGGAUAGUGGCUAUAUGAGUGCAGAUUCGGGAGAAGUUUACAAGCGCAGUUUUUAUGAUCGAUACAAUUUCAAAUUAAUGAGUGGUCGGGAUCAUAUUAUACGCAUUGAUACUAUCGAAGAUAAUUCUGAUAGUGGUAGUGUGCUAACUGAACGAAAUGAUAAUAAUGCAACCUCAAUGCUUAGAGGCAAUAAGCUAGAAGAUCGUUUCGAAGAUUUUGAAAAUAUGGGCGAUCCACCACCAAAUGAAUUGUGCCAUGACGAUGAUAAUAGCGAUGCAGAUUCUGAUAAAACCCUUACAAGAAAUACUGAAGAACGUUUUAGUCGAUGCAAUGGUAAUGCAAAUCUAUACUCAUCGGAAGACGAACAAGGACACAGUCCCUCAUAUGGAUCUUCAGAAACAGAUGGCGAAACGAAUGCGGAAGAUAUGUGGGAGUCUGGUGCGGAGAGCGUUGAGACACACUCAGUACUCUACAAAAAUGUUAGAAAAAAUUAA